AUGGCACAAUACAGGAGUGUGGGGUUUUUUUUGUUUUUUCUUUUACAGGUAACAUACAAAUGGCUAAGCUAUACUCUGGGGGUUCAUGUCAACCAGGCUAAACAGAUGUUGUAUGAUUACGUAGAAAGGAAACGAAAGGAGAACUCGGGAGCUCAACUUCAUGUCACCUAUUUAGUUGCAGGAAAUCUCAUUCAGAAUGGACAUAUUUGCCACAAGGUUGCAGUAGUGAGAGAGGAUAAACUGGAAGCAAUGAAGUCUAAACUAGCCACGAUCGCGAGUGUGCAUGUCUACAGCAUUCAGAAAGCCUUGCUCAAGGAUAGUGGGCCACUCUACAACACGGAUUAUGAUAUUGUCAAAACAAACCUGCACAACUGCAGCAAGUUUAGUGCCAUUCAGUGUGCCGCUGCGGUCCCCAGGACGUCAGCCGAAGUUUCUCAAACGCAGACGUCUGCACAGGCUGAUUCCCAAACACCAAGUGACACGAAUGCUGUCAGCGUGCCUGUGGUCAACGGUCACGGUCCAUCGACUGCUAAACAAACCCCGCAGCAGCCCAAAGGGAUCAUGGGAAUGUUUGCAGCAAAAUCAGCUUCCAAACCCCAGGACACAAAUAAAGAAACUAAAGCAGAGGCUAAGGAGGCCCCAGGUGUGUCUACAGCAAGCAGCAAACCACCAGCAAAGGUCAACAUAAUGAACAAUUUCUUUGGAAAAGCUGCCAUGAAUAAACUCAAAGUCAAUUCUGUGCCUGAGCAGCCAAAGGAAGAAAAAGAAGUAGUCAAGCCUUCAGUUCCUCUAGCAGAACCAGAGUCACCCCCCAAUACCAUUGCAGAGAAACCUGGGAGGAAAACACAGUCUGCUAAAAUUCAACAAAAGGACAAAAAAAGUAAAAUGAAGAGGGUGGACAAGUCAGAUAACGAGGAGGAAAGAGAGCUUGGAAAUCUGAAGAAAAAGAGGAAGCGAAUCAAACAACUUCAGUCUGACAGUAGUGAUGACGAAGAUGUCCCACCAUCUUCCACACCUGAGGAAGAGAAAGCUCCAUCUCCACCUCCUCUACCUGCACUGAAGACUGAAGUGGAGCCUGUAUCCACUGAGGUUUCAGCUGGAGGGAGGAAGAGGAAACGGAAGCGUGUGCUGAAAUCCAAAAUGUUUGUCGAUGAAGAAGAAGGCUGCAUGGUGACUGAGAAGGUUUAUGAGAGUGAAUCCUGUACAGAUAGCGAGGAUGACUUUGCAAAGUCCAAGCCACCAGCUGUACACAGACAGCCUGCACCCCCUGUGAAGAAAGAACCAAAGGAGGAAAGGAAGAACGUAAAGAAGGGGGCAGCCACUGCCAACAAAGCCAAUAAACAGGUCUCCAUUAUGGGUUUCUUUCAGAAGAAAUGAACUAUGUCUUUCUCCUGGUCCCCUUGGCAGCUUGGAGAAGUUACUCUUUGUGUAGCUUUCUGAAGGCUGCUGCACUGGAGAACAAUAUGCAAUCUUCUGUUACGUAAGAUAUUUUGCUUACUGUGUAAGUAAGCCCUCUGGACUAGAUUUUGUAUUAGAGAAGUUUUAUCUGUUAAUGCAAUAACUUGUCUUCUAUACUAAGCUGUACGGAAACCUCCAUCUAGAAGCAAAACCUAGAGAAGCUUGUGGAAGACUGUUAAUCUAGUCACAUUAAAUUUUAUUUUUUUAAUAUGGCCUUUUACCUGUUGAGUGUUAAGGCCCACGUUCCAUGAGUGAGAAUGGACUAAAUUAGGACUUGAGUUGUGGCAUCUUUUUUGUUGUUUGUUUUGUUUGUUUUUUCCUCCCUUUACACCCCCCAGCUCUCCAGACUGAUCUAAAUGUUCACACUGGUUAGAGGCUGUAAUUGAACAGGUCUUCAGGCACGCACACAAGUAUUGAACAUCUGCUUCAGCUUUAACUGAAUGAAAUGAACUUGAUUUUCCCCAUAAGACUGGUAAAUAGUUUUUGCUGUGCCUUUCAUAAUCUUUUUUUGGACAGAGCAGUGCGUAUAAAAUUUUCUUACUCUUUUCUUCCUUGAAUACAUCCUCUGUAAAAUACUCAGAUGCCUAAUUAUAGUCUGGGACACUGUUGGUGCUCUGUCCUUGCAAAAACAUCAUUAAGGCUUCCCACACAAUUGGCUCCAGUGUAAUUGGGGGAAGGCCUUCGCUGUUAUUGAGAAAGCAAUUGUAUCUUUAACCUUGAAAAUUAAUGAGUCAAAGGGAAGGGUGCUUAGAGGACUUUUCUGAUAACGCCAGGCACAUACCUGCUGUCAUUGGCUGUGAAGAAUUGCAGAGCUGCUUUUUGUUGGUGGUGGUUUUGGCUUGCAUAAAGUUUUUUGCAGGCAUAAACCAGACAACAAAAGAGUUGUUUUCUAGGAUAUCUAGUCAUCUGCUUGUUGAAGGAAGUGUGUCACAGCGAAUGAGGAGAGUGAAUUAUUCAAGAUGAAUAAAGCACUGCGGUCCAGUAAAUCAGAAGUGACUUGUCAUCUUGGAUGCCUUCUGUUUCUUGGUGCUAAAUUUUAUAUAUACAGGGCCUGGUUUUCCAGAGGAUGGAUGCUCAGCGUUUCUGAGGGUUUGGCUUGUUAAAGUCUCUCAAAUGGGCAACUAAUGUCAUCAGUGGUUGCUUCUGAGUGUUGUUAGGCCAA